AUGUCAUCUCAUAAGACUUUCAGGAUCAAGAGAUUCCUGGCCAAGACCCAGAAGCAGAACCGGCCCAUUCCCCAGUGGAUUCGAAUGAAAACUGGUAAUAAAAUCAGGUACAACUCCAAGAGAAGACACUGGAGAAGAACCAAGCUGGCGUCCUCCACCCGGAAGGCUGCAGUCUUCGAUCUUCGUUAUGAAGGGCUUCAAGUCCUCCUGACUUUCAGCAAGCAGGAUUGUUCCAGUCGCAUACGGAAAGCUCUUACUGACCCUGCCUCCAAUCUUCGUAAAGUCUAG